ACACAUCCGGAAAUAGCCGAAGCGGUCAUCUGUGAGCAAUCGAAGCGUACGAAGCCGAAUUCCAGCGGGGGAGCCAUCAUGGCGGACGUAAUCGAGCAGCUCCGAGCAGAUGGGAUCGAGAAGCGGGUGGUGCGGGAAGGCAGUGGGCCACUGUCCGACUACCAGGAUGGCACCAAGGCUACCUUCCACUACCGCACUCUGCUCUGCAGUACGGACGAGGAAGUACUGGAUGACAGUCGUACAAGGGGCAAACCUAUGGAGCUCAUUAUUGGCAAGAAGUUCAAGCUGCCUGUCUGGGAGACCAUCCUGUGCACUAUGCGGGAGGGAGAGAUGGCCGAGUUCUUGUGUGACACCAAGCAUGUGGUCUUGUACCCAAUGGUGUCAAAGAGCUUGAGGAAUAUUGCAGCUGGGAAGGAUCCACUGGAGGGGCAAAGACAGUGCUGUGGUAUUGCUCAAAUGCAUGAGCAUCACUCUCUGGGCUACCCAGACCUUGAUGAGCUUCAGCAGAAUCCCCAGCCUCUCAUCUUUGCCAUUGAGAUGCUCAAGGUGGAAAGCCCAGGCUCAUACCGUCAGGACCCUUGGGCCAUGUCUGAUGAGGAGAAGUUGAAGGCUGUUCCUCUGAUCCACCAGGAAGGCAAUGAGCUCUACAAGGAAGGCAAAGUGCAGGAGGCAGCUGCCAAAUACUAUGAUGCCAUCGCUUGCCUCAAGAACCUGCAAAUGAAGGAACAGCCAGGGUCCCCUGACUGGAUACAGCUGGACCAACAGAUCACCCCUUUGCUGCUGAAUUACUGCCAGUGUAAACUGCUGAAUCAUGAAUAUUAUGAAGUGCUGGAUCACUGUUCUUCCAUUCUCAACAAGUAUGAAGAUAACGUCAAGGCCUACUUCAAGAGAGCCAAGGCACAUGCAGCUGUCUGGAAUGCAGUUGAAGCUCAGGCUGACUUUGCUAAGGUCUUGCAGCUUGACCCAUCCCUGGGCCCGGUGGUCACCCGGGAACUUCGCAACCUGGAGACCCGCUUGCGUGAGAAAGACAAUGAGGACAAAAUCCGCUUCAAAGGCAUUUUCUCUCAGUAGCUGCUGUGCCAACCUUUGCUGCCACCCCUGCCCUCAGAUGAGAGAGCUCAAGCUUUGCCCCUAGUGCUCCUGGUGAAGGCAGCAUAAAUGGGAUUGUGUGGCUCUCUCAUGGGGCUGGUAGGUCUCUACCCUCAACACAGCUCUUGAAGCAAGGGUGUCGUCCUUUCUUGUCAACCAUGUGUCAUCUCUGUAUGAAUGCCACCCUCUGCGACUGCCAAAGCAAGUGGGACAGGACAAGGAAGACUUUCUAAUUCUCUGGGCCAAAGUAUGUAAAGCUUGCCAAGAGGGUAGCUACCAAAUUUAACACCAGCCUCCCUGCAACCCCUGGAAUUGGUUGUUUUUUUUGGUUUGCUAUACAGGUGCCUUUUCCCCUCCUGCUCAUUGUGAAGGAAGUUUGCUUCCUGAGCUGGUUCGGUGUCUUUAGGGCUGCCUGAGGAUGCUGGCUGUGGGGUUUGAGUCUGGUUGUGCUGUCUGGGAUCAGGUGGGGCCCGAUUUCCAUCAUAGCACUGUGUGUGUCUCAGGUCUAAGGUCCCAACUGAAGAGAGAGAAAGUAACCUUUAUUGCAUGAUGAGAGCUGCAUGAGCAUAUUUGCCCCUUGCCUCUCCUGGGUGUAUGGUAGUGCAUUGCUUCUGCCUGCGUAUACACUUGCUAUAUUGUCCUUUUUGCUGGCUCCUUAUUUUACUUCGGUUUGUAGGAUUAUGUAUUUGAACCCACAUAUGGAGAACCUUUGCUAGUGUCUGUGAUGGGUAUAUGGUUGAGUAGAAUUCAGCACAUUUUCUCCAAGGAAGGUGAACUCUUGAGCAAAUGAAAUGUCUCCUUUAGUAAAUGAAAUGUGGCUACUUGUGCUGAUAUCCAGGAGGAUAUUUUAAGAGAAAACUUCUUCAGCAUGCCCUAAUGUUGCUUAAAGUUUGUUUCAAGCUUGUUGAGAUGCAAAUAUCAACACUGGAAGUCAGUGCUGUAUUUCUUCUACUGCUGUAUCUACCAAAAAGAAACCUCUUUGGGUUCACCUUCUGACACUACUUUGGACUUUUGGUAUAUUGGUUAGUAGGGGAGAGAGAGAGUCCUGAGCAUUAGGUUUUCUGACAGAGUGCACAUCCUGAAAGGUGAUGUCAGAUAACCUAACGAUUAUCAUAUAUAUAUGCGGAGUUUGUUUCCAAGAGGUACCAAAUCCAAAAGAAAAAUGAGUUAUAGGUGUCAUCAAAACUAUCAAAAUGUAUAAAAUAGCUUUGGCAUCAGAAAAUGGCAUGUUAUAGCAAAAGCACAUAUCCUCAGCACUUCUUUUUUUGAUUCCUGUAAAAGUUGUUCAGAUGGAUUUGGUACCUUUUCGAAACAAGCUCCAUAUAUUUGAGGAGCUUCCUCCACAGUAUAUUAUGAUAGCAUUCUCGUCUGGAUUUUGUGGCUCUCUUUUUGGCUUUUGACAUCUUCCUAAGACUGUAUCCAGGAAGACAGUGCCCAGUAGAGAUACUUCCUUGCCAUUAGUGGCAACCAGCAGCAAAGAGGUGUCAGUGAUAGGGAUCAUCUCUAAAGGCACUUGCAAAACAUUUCCCCAACCAUGAAUAGCAAAAGUUCACUAAGGAUGUGUGGUAUAUAUUAGCAUAGGCUCCUGUGUGGGGCUGCCCUUUUAUGUCCAGUCCUACACAAAAAAGUAGGUCUUUAUCAAGGUAAUGUCCACAUUCAUCAGCUGGAUAUGUCUUCUUAGGCCAUCAAUUUUGAUAAGUUUGUGUUAGUAUAUGUGGAGGCAAAGCGUGAUUUCAUGCAUGAGUUGCUCCUUAUCUGACAGAUCAGCUCUGUCAGAGAUAAUAAAAUGAUGAAGGGCCCAUUCACAUCAUGCAGUUAUAGCAGUGUUAUUUCACUUUAACUGCUAUGGUUCUAUUCAAUAGAAUCCUGUGAUCUGAAGUUUGGUUGGCGACACCAGGGGAUCUCUCUGGCUGAGGAUUCUAAAUGUAAAUUUUAGGAUGCUGUAGGACAGAACCAUGUCAAUUAAGGUGGAAUACUAGCACCAUAAUUCUGUAGUGUGAAUGAGACUUAUGUUACUGGUUUUUAUUCCCCUAGACCCUACCACAGAGUUUGGGUAACUUUCAGGGCAAUUUCCAGUGCUCUGCUUGGAUGUUUCUUGAUUUGAUGUUGCACUAGUGUAUAUAAUGCCUACACUGCUUUGGAACCAGGCAGAAGAAAGAAAAGCCGUCCUUAGCAAAAUCAAAGCACUUUAAAGUCGUAUGCAGAGUGAUAUGGAAAUGGGAUUGAUCUGGACUAGACAGGAAAAGAAAUGGAGGGAUGAGGUCUAGAGGAGCUGCAAGCAACAUGGUUACAUGAGUCCACUGCUUUUUAGGUGUUCAUGGGCAAAACACAUAAAUUGCUGCUCAGAGAGAGGUGGAGUGAGUAAUAUUAAUAGGGUGGCACUGUGGUCUAGUAGUUGAUAACAUGAACAGAUGCUCAAGUACUUUCUUUUCCUAAGCAGAUUGAAAUUCCCAGCUUCUUGCCAAGACUAGAAAUGUAAAAAGCUCUUGUCUCCCACCUCACCUCCUCCUAAAGAACCUUCUUCCCCAUGUGCUACAAUUGUUGUCAUUGGCCCAAGACCAUUGUGGUUGUUUUCUCACUUGAAAUAGCAAGCACAUUUGGCCCUUUUCCCACAGGAAGUAGUUAGGUUUGGUAGGAUCAUGCUCCAGUUUUAGUAAUAUGAAGCUUGGUUACAUGCAGUAUCCUUUGUAUAAGCAUAGCUGUAGACGUUUAUGCUAUUAGCUUAGAUUUAUCAUGGAAGUUGCGCAGUAUGUUUGUAACUUUUAUUCAGAUCCAUGGAUUGCUUCUAAGGUAAAUACAGGACUAUCCCUGUAUCUGUGGGAUAGGCUCCCAGAUUUUGCAUGGAUAUGCAAAACUCCAGGUAAUAGAUAAUAGUCCUUUUGAAAUGAACUUCUUGCUCAAGAAUACCAUAGACGUGCUGGAGAGUCUAAAAAUGCUUAGUGUCCAUUUUCUGUCUGAAGGUGCAAGUACCAGUCCUGCAGAUUAGGGGUAGCGGGGCAGGGGAGUCAUACUGUAAGUUGCAUUUUGUUUUUAAUGUUGGACUCAGUCAUGAUUAAACUUUGUAGGUAUUUCCGACUAGAUCCACGUUCAUAUCUAAAAGAUUUUGCUUUUCCAUUUUCUUUGUGGAUUACUCACAUAGCUUCAGCUUGCAGCAGGUCAAACUUUUGCUCUUGAUUACUUGUGCCUUUUUUGUGAAAUCUGUUUUGCAGAAUAAACACUGGUAGGUUCUAUAUCCAGGAGUCCUAGUUGUGAACAGGUAUGUGUAGGUUUAGGGAUAAAAGAAUUAUCAAUGGAUAUCAGAUCCCAACACAAAAGUGUUUUUUCUUGAGCAUAAAACUGUAUGAGGUCUUGAGUCUGCUUUGGGCGAAUGAAUACUGCCAUUUACUUCCCACUUCAAACUGGAUGAACCAGUUUGUUCUUCUUUAUGUAUCUGCAGACCCAAGAAUGUAUUGUCUGUCUGCAGUGUAGUCAAAUCAGCAUUUCCUUAUCUAUUUGUUUGUUCUGAGGUUUUCCUUGACAGUGUUGACUGCCUUCAGCAGAUAAGUGUGCAAUGCAUCAGUUCAGAUUUCCCUUCUCAUCACCAGCACCCAGUUUUUCUGAGAUGGCAUGCAUUGAGUGACCUGUGCAGUUGGAUUUCCUAUAGAUGUUGGGGUACACCAUGGGAAGACAUCUAGCAUUUGCACAGUCCUGCUUACUUGGACACUUUAGUACUUAGAUGUGAACUUUUUGGAAAACACGUGCCCUUCCCAAUGGUGAGGAUGGAUAAUCCAAGUAAUGAUUCUUUGUCCAACCCUGUGUAGCUUUUGGACCUACUCCCUAAUGUAUUUGGCCUGUAAUAUGCCUAUCCAGGGAGAGAGCUGGGGUGAACAGGGUAAGUGGGCACAUGGCAGAGAAUAUAGUGGGCAUAAUCCAUUAUUGUUUUUGAGCUCAGGCCCAAGAGAAAAAACAGCCUUUUUAUGGAUUGUAUCUCACUCUAGAUAACCAUAAAAAUAUUCAAAAGAAGUUCUCUUUUCAGGAAGAAUAAAGGGGCAACAGUAACGCUAUGCUUCGCUGUCUGUAAACAAGGCACUUCUAAGAUUUUUUAUUGUAUGUUCUCUGGCAUAAAGCUCCAAUGAGGAAGCUGUUUUUCCUUGGACCAUUUAUAUUUGUGGAGGCAGUAGUGUUCUUAGGUUACCCUUGAAGCUUAUGGUGGCACCUUCACAUUUUCCAGACUCCAAAUGCCAGCCAGUGGCACGCCAGAAGCUUGGUUGAUUAACACUUCUUAGUAUAAUACAGUAAAGUAAUUACUUUUUGUGUUUCUAUACUGCAGGUUCAAGUGUACUGUAUUUUGAUUGAUUUUUUUGUUCUGUCAAUAUACUAAUUAAAAACAUCAAAGCCAA